AUGAGGCAUGAGAUUCACUCUGCCACGAGCUCAAUGACUUCAGUCCCAAAGCCGUUGAAAUUCCUCCGCCCGCACUUUGGAACUCUGAAGUCCUAUUUUGAAACAAUGCCAGAGUCCGAGCUCAAGAAGUAUAUGGCUGACAUACUGUCAGUGUUAGCUUUGACAAUGUCCAUCGAAGGAGAAAGAGAGAGCCUGAAAUACCGUUUGUUGGGCUCUGAGGGUGAUAUUGGUUCAUGGGGUCAUGAAUAUGUGAGAUAUGCUCGAAUACGUUAA